UCCUCUCUCCCCAGAUAUAGGUCUUUUUUUCUCUCUCCCAAAGCAUAUACCCAAUUCGUUUUUUUAUACGCAAAUGACAAACAUUAUUUCCCUUUUAUCGACAGCAGUUGUGCUCGGUAGCUAUGCCGUGGCAGGAGCAGCAGUAGCAGACGGCCAAAAUGAGGCAGUGGCGCAAGUGAAUGCGAAUAUCGGCCGCAUUCCCAGAGCCCUGGGGCGUAUUCCGAGGGAUGUGGGCCGGGUGCCCAGAGAAGUGGGCCGGGUGCCCAGAGAGUUGAAGCGUGUACCCAGAGAGCUGAAGCGUGUGCCCAGAGAGCUGAAGCGUGUGCCCAGAGAGCUGAAGCGUGUGCCCAGAGAGCUGAAGCGUGUGCCCAGAGAGCUGAAGCGUGUGCCCAGAGAGCUGAAGCGUGUGCCAAGAGAGUUGAGGCGGAUUCCCAGGAUACCAGGCCAGCAAUUCAAAAAGCGUGCUGACGAGACACAGGGCCAGGAUAAUGCUGAUAACAAGGAGAAUGACCCAAGUCCAUCUCCAAGCGCCAGCCCAUCCCUAUCUCCGAGCCCGAGCCCGAGCCCGAGCCAGAACAAAGACACAAGCUCGAGCAGCUCAAAGACGCCCAGCAGCAAGAGCAGCUCGACGCCUGAAGAAGACAAGCUCGGCGACGACAAGAAGGAAAAUUCUGCUGACGAGAAGAACAACAGCGACAAUAAUAACAAGAGCAGUAGUGCGGACAAUGAUGAUAAUGAUGAUCUUGGAGUGGUCGAAGAUGAGUUUGGAAACCCAAUUAUCACGAACGCUGAUGCGUCGUACUGGCAGAUGAUCACGCCUACUGGCGUCAACUAUCUCAGUGGUGCGGCGACUGCGCACUGGGAUUUCGCAGCGGCAGCAGCAGCGGCAGCGAUGCUUGGCAGUGCCCUGUUCUAGUGUGUUUUCAACAUACAUUGUUUUGGCUUAGUUUCUAGUCCUGCUUUUAUAAUUCAUUUC